ACUGCUCCGCCACUGCGCAACGAUGGAGCUAUCGCAACGAUGGAGAUGACGCAAACAGACCCAGCUCUCCAAAAAAGUGUUUCAAGACGAACAUGGCGGCAACUUAACCGCGGUCCAAGAUGACAAUGGCCAACGGGAGAAAAGAUUCUAGACUUUCCGCCCAGGUACGGGACAGAGAAACCAGCCUGUGUGCAUCGAAAGGGCUCGUUGCUCUCCUUUAAGUGUAUCUGCAAACCGAACGGCGGCAGACGCUCAGCAUCAGCACCGAGAGGCUCGCAACAGCUGGUCUCCCUGCACCCCCCGACGAGAGAACAAACCCGGGGAGGGACGGUAGGGAGAGGGGGGCAUGCGGUCAAAGAGGACGCCGUUUCCCCCUGGAGAGCCAUGGAGAACCGGGAUGCGGCAGCGCGAAGCUUAAUCUGUGCGGGCGCGCUAAUUGGAUCGGAAUAGCACCGAUUGCUGCGGGCGCGAUAGAGGAGCGCCCUGGACCGGCGGAGGCACGGCACCCCACCGUUACAGAGGAGAACCAACCGGACUCCCAUCUCCCCCAAAGUCAAUGAGUAUUGUGGCAGAGCAGCCCCCGCGGUGGAGUCGGCCAGGGCAGCACUUUCCUAAAAUAUGACCAGGGGUGCUUGGAUGCGUCGGCAGCAUGAUGAAGGCUUAAAAUACUGGUUUGCACCCCGAGAGAACGAGAAGCCAUUUACCGAGUCGGAGCGGGCCCAGAGAUGGCGACUGUCGCUGGCCUCUCUGCUGUUCAUCACCGUCCUGCUCUCUGAUCACUUGUGGUUCUGCGCCGAGGCGAAACUGACGCGAACCCGAGACAAGCGGUCGGACGAGGGGCUUGCAACUACGGACAUGGGCGAGAACCCAAACUCCCUCCAACGACACCAUAUCCCAACAUCACCUGACCCCGACCGUCUCGCCAGAGAGCAAGAUGUUAUUUUUCUAGGGAAUUCUACCAAAUUUCUGUGGCGGAUGGACGACUGUCACCCUGACAGCCUGUCCAAAGACUGCUUUACUUUCACGGACGCGGAGACCGUGUGCCUGGCCCUCUCCGGUGGAGGGGAAAAGGGGACACAGUUGGCGUACGUGAAUCUGAGCGAUUUGUACCUUUCUUUUUGUAAUUCCUACUCACUUUUGGAUUUGUUUUACGGGUUUACGAGUCUGGUCGAUCUGAAUUGCACCCUGGAUAUGGCCAUGGGGGUGGAUCUGCUGGGAUGCAUCGAGUGUGUCCAGGCUUAUCAGAGUCUUGACCUGCAGGCGGAGGACAGGUACCGGGAGUUUGAACUGCUGGUUCAGAAAUACGAGGCGGAUGCAUACUCGGUCAGGACGUGCAUGGAGGAAUGCAAGACGGUUUAUAAGCCGUGGCUGUGUUCGCAGCACUUCCAGACCACCCAGAUGCACUGCAGCAAGCGAAUCCCCUGUGGUCAGUACUGCCUGGAGGUGCAGCAGCGGUGCCCCUUCGUCCUGCCCGACAAUGAUGAUCUUAUUCAUGGAGGCAGCCCCAGUUUUAUAUGCACAGGGCUGCUGGAGAACUAUCCAUCAGGUGUGGACCCAGAUGCAGAGUGCUGUGACGUGCGGUGGGACUUGAAAGUGGACAACCGAUCUCUAGGGACCCUGAAAAGAACUCACCCGCCAUGCCAGCAUCGUACCUCCCUCAGCUCCUCAGCAGCCUGCAGACUGUGUAACAGCCGGCUCAAACUCUGCCUGCUGGUCCUUGUCCUCCUACACACUGUUGCCAGCCUCACUGCAUCCCACAAUGCAACAGGACUGGGCCUCCCCGCCAUCACGCCUCUGGAGGAGAGCCCUGCCAAUGAGGAGUGAUAGAGCUGCCAGGAGGAGGUGAGGUUGUUGGGGUGGGGGAUUCCCUCACCAUGGCAACCGAUGUGGAAAAAUACAGCCACAGGAGCUGUGUGCCUGUGGACAUUCUGCAACGCUUUCUGGCAAAUGGAAAAUGUGGAACGCUUUGAGAGGAAAGACACACAAAUCAAUCAAAACAAAUAAAUAAGUAAACAAACAGACAUACUGAGGGACUCGACCAGUCCCUUAGCUGGGAAAAGGGGACAAUGCCACAGCCUUUGUUGAGUGGGAAGGUCGGCUUCCUCAUGGCUGAGUUUCUCUCACUACGCUUUUUUUACACUGUGUUUAAAUUAUUGGUUUCUGUUGCACUGGCUGACUAUGGAAUAACACAAUCAUAUUCUCUUUCUAAUGUUCAUCCUUUGUGUUUGUUUCUGGGUCUCACAUACAGAAAGAAAAUGUGUUCUCUAAAUAAGACAGAUAAUGUGUAAAAAAAAAUUAUUAGCUGCAAGUUUGUGCGUGUGUGAUGGUUUGUGUUUCGAGACUGAGUGUGCGCAAGCAUGUGUGGGGCAUGACUUUACACGUGUGUGUGUGUGUGUGUGUAUGUGUGUGUGUGUGUUUAAGAGAGAAUGAGCGUGUGUGGCUGACAAGUACCCUAAAAGUCUACCUAAAAGACUGGUGCAGCGAUGAUGUUUUUAUGGAGACCACCUCCCCUCCCACCAGUUGUCACUUAGCUCUGCCAUGCUGGUUUGUUGGCCACAAUCCCAUUAAAACUUAAGUGGGUUUUGAAUGUGGUUCUGGUGUCCAUAAUAAGUUCUGUGUUUAACACAGGUUUAUGGUUUUCCCCUAGUUUGUUCUGUGAGAUAAUAUUCACCUAUUUCUUUUUUUUUUUUUUUCUUUACGAGGAUCAAACCUUUUCUGUAAUUAGAAAGGUUCAUCAGUACAAAGCUAACACCUGGUCAAGCUGCGAAAAACAUCAGGAAUCAGGAUGUGUUCCUCCAAUGUCACCAGCACUCAAAGGAUAUCUUAACUUUAUCACAGCUUGGGUCCUCCUUUAGUAUUGACCAAUAAUUCCGCUCACAAAACUAUACCACAACUCACCAUGUGCAUUGCUUUCUGAGAAUACAGCGACAGUGACGAACUGAAGUCCUGACAUGAGCAGACAAUUUAAACAAACCCCAGGUUAGCCAAACCUGUUUGGAGGAUAAACUGAAGGCUGAGUGUGUGUACAGAGUUUUUCUGUGCAAUGAGGGAUUUUUAGGGACAUUUCAGCUACACUCACUUUUGGUUUUUAUGCUAAAUAAAAUAUUAAGAAUAAAUAAAUAAUAAUAAAUUAGCUUGUUUAUAGUAUAUGUAGUGAACAUCUGGCCCCUUGUUUUUCUUGCCUAAAUAUUCUUCAUUGUAGCUGAUGUUGACAAGUUCCCAGAUCUCAGAAAUUCCUUGAGUAAAAUCAUAACUAAUAGAAAUGAUGGCCAAAACUAUGAUCCAUAAAGCUUCAGAUUAACACUAUGACAGGGCUGAGCUGUAUGAUCAAAAUGAUUUUACCUUGAUAAUCAAAAAAUUUCAAUUAAUCUUUAAAACGUAAAAAUAGAAACAACUUUAACUGCCAUCUGGAUUCUUUGCAAACUGCAGUAUGUGCUGAGUGUUCAUGGUUUAGAGAUGCUAAAGUAAAGCAUCAGAGUUAAGAGCAAAAGAUAAAGCAUGUGAUGCCAAAGAACCUGUGGAAAGCUUUUACUAAACAUACUGACAGCCAGGAGGGCCAGAGAAUGUUUCCAUUGGUAUAGAUACAUUUCUGGUUCAUCACCCAUUAGUGAUGCUAGUUGAUAAAAUAUUACACCUGGAAUAGCCUCCAACUAUCGAUCAAGAUAGUAACGUGCCAAACUUGCCACAGAUUAUCUUUAGUUCAGUUAGCACUUGUAAGCAACUUUCUUCAUUCACAUGAAGGUAAAAGAUAAAAGCACAGAUGGGAUGAUUUUAUCUCACAGAACAAAACAUAAAACUGUCUUAAGCUUGUCUUAACCAAAGAUGUUACUUCAGGCAUCUAACCAAAACCUCAUUCAGAUUCUGGUCACUUUACAGCCACAUGGGUCAGCAAAGUUAACUGACAUUGGGAUUUUGGCACUGGAUCAAUAUAUUUAUCACUGUUGCUCAAAAUGUAGAAGCUUUUGUUAUUUUAGAUUUUAAAGGUACUAUCCAGUCAAAACAAUGCCUGCUACAUUAAUAUGAUGGUUACUGAAAGUUCCUCUGUCCCCUUGGCCUCAAGAGCUUUGGUUCUUUUCCUGCUUUGGGUUAAGAAUCUAAUGUGACAGCAGUAUGAGGAAUAAAUGACUAUAUCCCAUCACCACUACUUGAAAAUAAAAACUCUAUUUACAGUUUGCCUCUGAACCAAAAGUAUAUCAGUGGUAUGAUUUUAAUCUCAGGCCUUUUUAUUCCCAGGAAACAUGCUGACUGGAUGCUAUCUUUAAGGACUUUUAAUAAUUGGUAAACUGCAAAUCCCAUGCAGUUGUGAUAAACUUAAAACACAAACUUGUCACCAAGAAAGGCAACAUGCUACCUGCAGUAGGGUUAAGGAAAAUCCCCUGACCCACUAAUAGGUAUAUGACAUUUUAAUCCCACUCUUUUGCCAUUCAAAGCGUGUAGGAUGACAUUCAGCAUCUCACCAACACAGAGACACUUUGUUCAAAUCCUUCAGUUAGUUUUUGUUGAAUAAAAAUGCGUAAUAUCUUCUCAUUAAUUGCAUGUUGAGGCUCUCUAAAAGGUUAUGACAGCCUCUUUUUGUUGAUUGUCCUCAGCCACCCUCCCAUAAUAAGCACCACACCUGAUCCUAAUAUCAGCUCCUGUAGCAUGCCCACUGUCUUGUACGUUUCUCCUCAAAACAUCAAACUGUCUCAUUAAGUAAAGGGCUUAUUAAGAUAUACCGUACAUUAUCAUCAACACAGUCAGGCAGAACUCAGACACUCCAAAUUUGUUAGAAGACAGAGGGUAAAAAAUGGCUCAUAUUCUGUUUUAAAUUAGCUCAUACUCCUGCAGAACAGAGGCAUUCCACUGGCUGUUAAUAGAGAGCACGAACAGAAACAAAUCCAGAGAGAGGAGCAUGUCAUUGUUUGUGGUAAAACCUGAUAAUCAUCUGAGUCAGCUGAUACUUAUGUUUAACUUUUAAAAAAGUUGACCAGCGUGUGAACAGAAAGGAAUGGUGUGACCUUAAGGGCUGACUUCUUUAGUUUCUAGUUUCUAUUUUGUGUCUCUUUGAUGAAUAAGGCUGCGAGAUCAGGUAUUCAAAGAUAAACAGAUGUUGCUGAGUGCAUUUUUUUCCACUCUGAGUAUGUUGAUUACUUAAAUGAGAUGUCCAAUCCAAUAUCUGAUGUCAAGAAUUUUAUUACACAGCUUAUAUGAGGAUUUAAAUUUCAUCAUUAUUCACCCCAUUUCUGUAGCAGUAUAUUGGCUUAUUUUCACACUGUUUAGACCCUGUGCCACUCUACACUUGCUUAUUACCAUUCAGCACAUCACACCCAUGCCCAUCUUGGAUGACCGCAUUCAGUGACAGAAAAAUGCUGCUAUACUAUUGGCCACCAGUAGAUGGAGAUAUUUUUAUUCUUUCUUUUUUUAUUGCUACUGCUGCUGAACACCUACCACAUGAGGACUGUCAGAUACAUAGAAAUCAAGAAGGCUGAGUUCUGGAAGAAAAAGUCCCAGACCUGUGGGUAAAAGUGUGCUGUUGUACUGAGUGCGUGCAUGUGUGUACGUCUGCGUACAUGCAUAUGCAGAGAUGUGCGUUUGUGUCUGUCACUAAUUGCCCGGUGUUCUCUGGAGAGCUCAUUAGCGUUGCCACAACCUUGGUGCCUGAGGGACAGGUGUGGCAAACCUCCACUGUCUUUAGACCCACAGGUAACUGCUGCACUAGUUGUCCCAUUAUGCAGCCCUAAAGCUGCAUGGACUGUAGUACAAAACAAUUGUACUGUACAAUGUAUAAUAACUGUGUCCCUGCCCCAAAAUAGACUAAAGUUUUCCCUGUUUAAUAGAAUAUCCCCCAACCCUUAUCUGAAACGAGGCAAAGGAUGUCAGAGGCAGUACAGAGAAGGUCAUGGUGAAUGAAGUGGACAGUGAUGUGAAACUGGUGCCAAAGCAUAUUUUGUGCUGAGUAAAAUAAACCAAAUUCAUAUCUGAUAUGACAACGCUGAUAUGACACGCUGCUUUUCACUGGGCAACAGGAGGAAAACAGGGUCUAUCAGUGUCUUAGAAAUGUGCCAUGCCAACCUCACCACAAGCUAAUUGUAAGGGAUCUCCUGAAGACAUACAUGUGAUUUCAUUCUGUCAUGUCAGUGGUAAGGCUGUGAUGUAACAGCCAUCACGAGCCAGCUGCUGGACAUGUAUUCAUACAGUAAACCUGCAUUCAAAAGUCAUGCAGAGGCCAUGUCUGCUUUACAUGCAGUAAUGAUUCCUUACUGUGGUUGCAUGGGUGCGAAUGCUGUGCAUAUGCGUUGUCCUUCACGCCCCUUCAGACAUGUUUGCACCAAGGAUGGACAUUAUUGUGUGCAAGAUUUUUUCCAAACAAUAAUAGAAUUAGAUUUGACUUAUGUAAAUCUCUGAUUUGACUUUUGUUGGUAAUGCAGGCAUGCACGCAACAGUUACUCUGCUGUGAUAACUUUAUUUUUUUGUGUGUAUUUCAGUUUGUCAGUUUUUUACUGCAUUAUACUGAGAAGAAAUUGUGUAGGGUCCUAUUCCUAUACAGUAGAUUCAGUCUAGAUUCAUGACAAUGGUCUGUAGCAGUCAUAGGGUAUGGCCUGUCACACUCCAUAACACACCAACCUACAAAAACUUUUGUGUUUUACCCCUGCACAUAAACUAUGUAUGCCUCUUGCCCCGACCCCCUGUGCACCCACCACCAAAUGGUAUGUACACAAAUAUUUCCCUCCUUCACUCCUUCUCAGCCUCUCUCUGUUUUCACAAUAGUUCCGUUCUCUAUCCUGUGGAUCUAUGCAGAAGCCCAUUCCUUUUUUGGUUGUAAAUACGUUCCCUAGUAUGCUGAACAAUGUAUGUCUUUUCGUCCAGGAUUUCUUGUGUAUUUUGAGUUGAUGUCAUGCUGUUACUUUCUUCUUCUUCUCUAAUUCUUUUUGUAUUUUGAGCGUCUGAAAUCAUUGAUGUUAAAAGAGAAUGUGGUGAGAAUUAACCAACAGACUUGUCCUCAGCUUCACAACCUUAUUGUGAAAGGUUGUGGUUCUGUGUGUGUGAAAGCGAAAGAUUUAUGAUUAUAGAAAUGAAAAAGGUUCAAAGGCAUAUAGAAGUAUCAUUGCGAUUAUUAUGAUUACUAUUAUACUAUCAGUAUAUUGUAAUAUUAUAGAUGCUUUAGUUCAAGUAACUUCUUUAAUUUUUUUACAAACAACUUUGAUGAAAUGAUUUAUAAAACAGUCUCACAAGUCAUGAUCUUUUCGAAAAGUAUGAAAACUACUGCUACAAUGAUUAAAAUUGUGUUCUGAUGAAAAUAAA